AGGACAGCGUCGUUGUGUGAGUGGGGGCUGGACGCUGAAUGGAGGCUCACUGGGUUUCCUUUGAAAAAAUAAAAAGUUUGUUAAAUUGUUACCGGACACAUGGCGCUCUGUAGGCAGCGUUUUUAAGUCGUUUUAUUGUUUUUAACGUUUGUUAUGGAGUUACAACGGGAUAAUCAGCGACUUUUUCCCUUUAAAAGCUUCUCAUUCAUGGAGCCGAAGGACUGAAGGAUCAUGAGUACAGGUAUGAAGAAGCCACCGGUAGCCCCCAAACCCAGGCUGUUGGCAUCUCAGAAGCCAGCCCCUCCUCCAAUCGCACCUAAACCUGAGCUUCUUCUUCCCUCUCCAUCUCCUUCUGCAUCAAAACAGGGGAAACCUGCUCUAGCCCCUAAACCAUGCCUUGACAAGAUAAGCCCCAAAGCUGUCCAGUCAUCUUUUUCUAGCAGCACUGGCAAAUCUGAAGGUGUCCCCACAUCCAAAAAUGGGGGCCUCUCGCAUUACAUCAUUCCGCCCAAGAGUCACCAUGUGGGCAAAACGAGGGGAUCUGAAGACACGAGCGAAACAACAGAACAUGAUAUGAGAAAAAAGCAAGGCAGUCCAAUAAAGGAGCUCAGCUGCAACAGUGCAAAGGACCAUGUGACUUUACCCAGACAAGAUGUGCAAAACCACGUCCCUGCACCCUCCCCAGACACUCUUCCAGAUGCAAAGGAAGAUGUACACACAGCUGUGCUGGACAAGGAUCACAUGCACACACAAUCAGAGUUACACACUCCAACAGAGGAAACCUUCCAGAAUCCAGAACAACUUGCUGAGCACUCUUCACACACGCAGUGUUUAACCACUGAUGGCACGCAUACAAAUGUUUCUGUGCCUUCACCCCCUAGUAAACCACUUCCUGUGCCUCAGCCUCGGCGUCCACGAAGAAAUGUGCUUCUCCGCCAGAAGGUGGUGGUCGACUAUCCAGCCAAAACUGAGACACACGCAACUGGGGACAUUCAAACAGAGUUGACACUGUCAGAAGACCAGCAAUCUUCACCAGACGUUCGAGAAGACAGUUUAUCAUCCAGCAGUUCUCUUGCAAACACUUCUCCAGACUUAAACACAGGCCCCUCGCACAUCACAGAUUCCACCCAUAACAGAGACUCUAUUUGUAACACGCACAACUGUGGAAGUGUGACCCAUCCAGAGACUGCCUGCUAUUCUGAGCCAGCCACUAGUGAAAUGUUUGUUUCCACAGAGGAGGAGCAACAGCCACCAGCCCCACCCCCUCGACAAAAAUCCCUCCUUCAAAAUGGCAGUAACGAUUACAAAAUAUCAUCUUCCCUGGAUCACCUGCUUCUUACGGAGCAUGCAGACUCUGAGAGAUUUGACGAGAAGCUCAACAAGGAAGACGAGGAGGACGAUGAAGAUGACACGUACGGCGAUUUUGCUCGUUGUCCAUUCACCAGGAGUUUACCCAAACAAAUUAGACUCAACCGCAGCCCUCAGGUGGCGACUGUAACCAAGGCAUCUUCAGCAGAAGAGAGCUCACCAAAGAUUGCCCCCAAAAAGCCUCAGAGGCAUAGUUUGCCUGCGUCUGCACUGUUAAGGAAACAAAACACGCCGCCUCACACAACCGCUCCAGAACCGCCUCCUGUUUUUGGAGCCCUUCCCGCCCCUCCCACUGAGAAACCCUCAUCAUGGCGCAUCACUUUCUCAGGAAUUCCUCUGUUUGGUAAGCAACUAUCUCAAAGCGCUAGUCAAUCACAGACAAGCGAUGGAAAGAGGCCAGGGUCAGUGCUGGUCAAGCAGAGGUCUAGGUCAUUCUCGUCGGCUGAUCUCCUGCGCGUGGACUCUGGUGGCGGUGUGCAGAAACACCGCAGCCUGAAGAAACUCCUCGAAGUGCGAGUAAAGCUGUUUCCAAAGCUGUUACGUAGUGGAACGUCUCUGGACGGCACUAGCACGGAUACAGAGUGUGUCACACACACGGCGGCCAACACCGAGGUCACACCCACCAGUGAGGAGGACACUCUGCAUGAUGGAGAAGGGGAUUGUGGGGUCGAAUAUAAAAAUUUUCCCCUCUAUGAGGAGAUUCCUGAGUACAUGAACCUGCCUUGGGUCUAUUCCAAUCCGAAUGUCGACAGCGGAGUAUACGAAUUGCAGGAACCAUAUGAAAUGAGCAGGCCUCAUUUGGUCAGUGACCUGUCAGAGGAGGAAGAGGGGCUGAGCUCGAACGAGGAGGAUGAUAAUAGCUCCACCUCCAGCAAAGAUGAAAUGGACCAUACGCAAGACAAAGAGGAGGUCGAGAGAGCAAAAAGGAAUAAAGUGGUUCACAUUGCCAUGGAGAUCAUGAGCUCAGAGAAAGUAUUCGUGGACGUUCUGAAGUUGCUGCACAUUGACUUCCGGGAUGCGGUUGCCAAAGCGACCCGUGCCAGUGGGAAGCCUGUGGUGGAGGAGCGAGUGCUGAAUCAGAUCCUCUACUAUCUGCCUCAGCUCUACGAGCUCAACAAGGACCUGCUGAGAGAGCUGGAGGAGAGAGUCGCACACUGGUCGGAUCACCAGAGGCUGGCGGACAUCUUUGUGCAGAAGGGACCGUACCUGAAGAUGUACUCCACGUAUAUCCGAGAGUUCGAUCGCAACGUGGCUCUGUUAGACGAACAGUGCCGCAAAAACCCUUCGUUCGCCACAGUCGUCCGUCAGUUUGAGACCAGUCCUCGUUGUGCCAGUCUGGCUUUAAAGCAUUACCUACUGAAACCAGUGCAGCGUAUUCCACAGUACCGACUCCUGCUGACUGAUUAUUUGAAAAAUCUUCCUGAAGACUCAUCUGACUAUAAAGACACACAAACUGCUCUUGGGGUGGUGAAGGAAGUUGCAAAUCAUGCCAAUGACAUCAUGAAACAAGGGGACAAUUUCCAGAAGUUAAUGCAGGUUCAGUGCAGUUUGAACGGACAUCAUGAAAUAGUGCAGCCUGGAAGGGUGUUUCUUAAGGAAGGUACGCUGAUGAAACUAUCCAGGAAAGUCAUGCAGCCCAGAAUGUUCUUCCUGUUUAAUGACAUCCUGCUGUACACCACUCCUGUACAAUCCGGCCAGUAUAAAGUAAACAGUAUGCUGUCUCUGGCUGGUAUGAAGGUAAGCAAGCCUAGUCAAGAGGCUUAUCAAAAUGAACUGAACAUUGAGAGUGUGGAACGUUCUUUCAUCCUGUCUGCCAGCUCAGCCACAGAGAGAGACGAGUGGCUAGAAGCAAUCACUACAGCAAUAGAUGACUACACAAAGAAGAAGAUCUCGUUUAUCUCCAGCCGAAGCCAAGAGUCUGAGGAAGUCCCUGCUGACGAUUCUCCACUGGGAUCUAAAGCUCCUAUCUGGAUCCCUGACCUCCGCACCACCAUGUGUAUGAUCUGUACCUGCGAGUUCACUCUCACCUGGAGACGCCACCACUGCCGAGCCUGCGGAAAGGUCGUGUGCCAGGCGUGCUCGUCAAAUAAAUAUUAUUUGGAGUACCUGAAGAAUCAGCUAGCACGAGUGUGCGAUCAGUGUUACGUCAAACUACAGCAGAAAGAUAAAGGAGAGCAGUCCGAGGUGGCUGUUUCACCCAGCGGCCGCAGCUCAGCCUUCUCCUUCUCUAGAAAACAAAAGAAGAUUCCCUCAGCACUGAAAGAGGUUUCUGCCAACACCGAGAAUUCCUCUAUGAGCGGCUACCUGCAGAGAUCGAAAGCCUAUAAGAAACCGUGGAAGCGGCUGUGGUUCGUCAUCAAGAACAAAGUGCUUUACACGUAUGCUGCUAGUGAGGAUGUUGCAGCUCUGGAGAGCCAGCCACUGCUGGGCUUUUUCCUGAGGGAAGAGAAGUCUGGACCAGCAGAGAAGCUGCAGUUUAAACUCUACCACAAAAACAUACUGUAUUAUAUCUUCAGAGCAGAUGAUAUUCCUACAGCUCAGAGGUGGAUUGAGGCAUUUCAGGAGGCCAUGAUUCUUUGACUAACGUGGAUAUAAGUAGUUUCUUAGAACUCUUUUUAUUUUUCCAGCCUGCAGCAAGAAAGUAAGGAACUGUGCCUGUGCUCGAAAGACACCAAUUAAAGUAUUACAGUGUUAAAGCAAGUGUGGAACAAAAGAUGCGAUCUAUCAUCCAAAGGAGCGUGGCUUUCAGUUUUUCUCCUUUUAUUCUGUUCUCAAAAGCAAAAUCUAACUGGAAACCCCAGGACUGUCAGAAAGCCAAUAGCGUUAAUCUCCUGUUCCUCAGCUGGAGCUGGAUUCUGCCUCACAUUCUUUUUGUAUGCGUGUGUCAAAUGAAUCAAACGGAUAUCUAAGUCAAGGGAUUAACUGAGAUUUUACAUUAAAGAUACCAGAAAUUAGUCAGAUUCUCUAACAUUUAACAAGCUCUGCACACUGUCCAGACACCUGAAAUGGCACUUGAACAUCCAGUGUGAAGUUCUGGGAAAGUGAGGAAGCCUGUAAGUGUGGAGAGUGUGUCAGAAAGGUCACGUUUGAUCACCCAUCAAAUGUGGACGGACAUGCACAAGCAAGUGUGAAUAUUCAGUGCCUUGAGUUCUGCGUCGAAGAGUCUGCAAUGGUGCAUCAUGGGAGAUGUAGGAUACCACUGUAAAAGCCAGUAGUCUUUUUUAUUAUUAUUAUUUUAUUUUUAAUUUUUUUUAGAAGCCUGAAACAGAAAGAAAUCACACUUUUAUUUUAUGUUUAGCCUUUUUAAACAACUUUUUAGCUGUUUUGUAUAGGACUGACAGUAAAAAAUUCAACUAUGAUACUGGGAAUAACUGGAUGUAUGUGUAAAUAUACUGUAUAUGGUAAUAUAAUGCAGGUUUAAUGCAGUUCUAUUUAUAACAAUUCAAGAUUGUCAGUCUCCUUAAAUGAACUUAAUGAAUUUUGUAAUUUAACAGUGUCAGGUUUUCAGCGAGCGAAUAACUGCGUAAUAUCACUGAGUGAUAACGAGCAUAGCCUUGUAAGAUGUCUUGUAGCACACUUUGAGAAAACACUGCACCUUGUGCCAUUUUGUAUAUUAAAAUGCUGGUGAUUUAAUUCUUUACUGGUUUACACUAUCACACGAUUUGUUUGGAAAAGGUUGGAAAAGGGUUAUGCUAAUAAAAUCAGAGUCAUUUUUGUGA